CGACUGUGCGGAAAUUCAAUUAGCUGCCAAUUAGCUGUAUGUACCCUGCCAAUUAUUUUUUUAGAUGAUAAAUAUUUUUGGGUUAAAACUGUAUGUACCCUGCCAAUUAGCUGCGUCCCCCGGCGAGAGUGCGAUAGUGAGGUUGAGUCCAGUGGAACCCCCUGACCGCCGCCGAUGAAGGUCCCUUGGUGACCUCCAGCUCCGGCACCUUGCCGUCGCCGUCGUCUCUGUCCAAAUCUAGACCAGAACCACCAGGGUGGAAGAGCAAGUCAACAUCCCCAAAAGUCAAAAAGCAAUGGCGAGCUUAAUGCAACUAUGGAAUGACUGGCAAAUUCAGCUGCUGGUUGUCCUCAGCUUCAUGUUGCAAAUCUUCCUCUUCUUUUCUGGUAGCCUCAGACAACGAAGCAAUAGUGGAUUUCUUAGGGUUAUCAUUUGGUUGGCCUAUCUGGGGGCAGAUAUGGUUGCGGUCUAUGUCCUGGGCCAACUCUCCCGGCAUGAAGAUUUUGCUACUCAAUGCAAUGGAAAUGACAUGUUUGGAGGAGCCCAUCCGCUCGCGUUCUUUUGGACGCCUUUCCUCCUCGUCCAUCUUGGCGGGCAAGACACUGUCACCGCCUUCUCUAUCGAUGAUAACAGAUUGUGGCUGCGGCAUUUGCUGAACCUUGUGAUCCAAGUUGUUCUAGCUCUAUAUGUCUUCUGGAAGUCAAAAGAAAGGAACCAUCUUUUAGUACCAGCCGUCUUUAUGUUCAUUGCUGGGAUUAUCAAGUAUGGGGAGAGGACAUUGGCACUGAAGUCUGCAAGUCCAAAGGGUCUCAGAAGCUCCACAAGCAACAAAACUAGCAAAUUGCCUGAGCUGAACUUUGGAGAUGUUAGCUAUUCUGGCAUUUUCAGUUGUGCUCUUCAUACAGCGCCAGGUGUUCGAGAUGUCUUUGCUGGACGAACAGUCUCCCAGAUGAAACGCAAUAGUCGACAGCCAUUUACGCUGGUAGGUUAUGGAAGGUAUAUACAGGAUGUAGGGAAUAUGAAGAUGUUAGAGAUUGAGCUUGGCAUGAUGUACGAUGACGUUUACACAAAGGCAAUGGUGCUUCGGACAUGGACGGGGAACAUUCUUCGGCUCUUAGCACAAAUCUCCAUGGUGGUUGCACUCGUGUUCUUCAUUGUAAGCGAUCAUAGAAGAUAUGGUAGAGCUGACAUUGUGAUGACCUAUGCAUUAUUCAUUGGAGGGUUUUGUCUAGAAGUAUGUUCAAUUUUCAUGAUGAUGGUCUCACCAUGGACAUGGGCAUUCUUGAAAGCUCGAAGGUGCCAUAGGCUCGCCAGCGUGUCCUGGAAAUUUCUCUCGUUUGUCUGGCCAAAGAAGAGGUCAUUCUGGUCGAACUCUAUGGGGCAAUACAACCUUUUGAACUCAUGCAUGGAUGACUGGUCGAGGCCUAAAGUAAUUGCGAAGGCGAUGAAUGCAAUCGGCAUUGAAAGGCUCUGGAGCAACUUCCGACACAGCAAGCAUGUCAAGGCCGACAUGGAGAUGAUCAUGGCAUUUGUGGAACAGCGCCAUUACCCAAUCGAGUUGUUCCUGACCAUCAGAGGGGAGACAGAGCAUCUGCGCAGGCCCAAUCUCGGUCCAGCAUUGGAACGUACACUGACCAUGCCCUUUGAGUAUGCCAUUAUUCAGUUACAUGUAUUCACAGACUUGUUCUUGAGCUUACAUUCAUAUGAUCCAGACUGUGGCCCUCCAAUCAGCGCAGAUGAGGUGUCAUCACUUAGGGUUGCCUGUGAAAAGUUGUCUAACUACAUGCUCUACCUCCUCGUCGCAAAUCCAUCCAUGUUGCCCAUCGCCGGUGAUGCUGAAGAUGCACUAUCAGAAUUCUCCAGGGAGAUCAAGGUCAGCCCCUGCAACAGCAAGAAAGAUAUCCUGGAUGAACUAGCUAAGCCAGGAAAUGAUCCACUCGUGAUACAUCUGCUGAAUUACGCAGAAUCCAAUCUGUCAUUCCAGGAAACUUUGGUCGCGAUCAGGGAUGUGUGGAUGAGGCUGCUCUUCUACGCCGCUGGCAAAUCACGCGCCGAAGUGCACGCAGAGCAGCUGGGCAAAGGAGGCGAACUUCUCACCUUUGUUUGGUUAUGGAUGUCCCAUUACUCCCUGGGCGAUGUUGGCCAUGCUAUCGACCUCUAUGUACCAUCAGGUCGCCCGGAGGAGCAGAUGAUCGAGGGAUCUCGUUAUUCCGCCUUUGAUUUUCGGCAAACAUGAGUCAUUGAUCGACAUAUUCAGGGGUUGUUGCAUGUAUUUGCGAGUGCAAUUCUGAAUGUUCUUGAAGAUGAUGUCUGAUACUCUUGCCUAAUCUGGUGUAUGCUUUUGAAAUAUCUUUGGUUUUUUUGGCACAUGUAAAAUCUGUAAGAGGUUCGCUUUGGCUUUCUUUUAU